GAGCAAGAUGAAUCCAGUGCAGCUGCCGGUCCUCCUCCUUAUGAUAUUGAGUGCGCCGGCAGCUGACCGCCUUGCCACGGCGAGCCCCCCACCGGACCCGGUGCAGUGCUCGUCUAGUGACGGCAAAGCUGACUGCACGGUCUCAAGCGCGUACGGCGUGUUCCCGGACCGGUCGACGUGCAACGCCAGCGCCGUGGUGUACCCUUCCUCCGAGGAGGAGCUGGUGCGCGCGGUGGCGAACGCCACCGCCACCAGGACCAAGAUGAAGGUGACCACCAGGUACUCCCACAGCGUGCCGAAGCUUGCAUGCCCCGGCGCCGGCGACGGCCGGGGCCUCGCCAUCAGCACCAGGUGGCUGAACCGCGUCGUGGGUGUGGACGCGGUGCGGAUGGAGAUGACGGUGGAGAGCGGCAUCACGCUGCGGGAGCUCAUCGCGGCGGCCGCCGACGCCGGGCUCGCGCUGCCCUACUCACCGUACUGGUGGGGUCUGACAGUCGGCGGCAUGCUCGGCACCGGCGCGCAUGGCAGCUCGCUCUGGGGGAAAGGCAGCGCCAUCCACGAGUACGUCGUCCGGAUGCGCAUUGUCACUCCCGCUCCAGCCGCCGACGAGUACGCCAAGGUGCGAGUGCUCACGUCCGCCGACCCGGAGAUGGACGCCGCGAAGGUCUCGCUCGGCGUCCUUGGUGUCAUCUCGCAGGUGACUCUGGCGCUACAACCUUUGUUCAAGCGCUCAACUACGUUCAUCCGGCGGGACGACGAUGACCUCGCGGAGCGGAUGCCCGAGUUCGGCCGCGAGCACGAGUUCGCCGAUAUUUCCUGGUAUCCGGGUCUACGGCGAGCGGUGUACCGCCUGGAUGACAGGCUUCCCUUGAACGCUUCUGGCGAGGGUGUAUUCGACUUCAUCGGCUUCCGCCCCACCUCAACCCUGGUGAUCCGAGAAGUUCGGCUGGCGGAGGAGCUGUUGGAGCAGGAAGGCGGCCGUAACAACAAGUGCCUCAUGUCGACGGUGAUCCGCACAUCGUUGUCGGUGGCCGGGUACGGGCUGGCCCGGAGGAGCGGCUGGCCGUUCACAGGGUACCCGGUGGUAGGGCGCCAAGAUCGGAUGCAGGCGUCGGGUGGUUGUUUGACUGCGCCGGAGGACGCGCUCCGGACGGCCUGCCCUUGGGACCCUCGCGUGAGGGGCACCACCUUCUUCCACCAGACCGCCUUCAGCAUGCCCGUGAGCCGCGCCAGGGCAUUCAUCGAGGAGAUCCGGCAGCUGCGUGACCUAAACCCCGAGUCUCUCUGCGGCAUCGACAUCUACAACGGGAUCCUCAUCCGCUACAUCAAGGCGUCCACCGCGCACCUCGGGAAGGCGGCGGUGCGCGGGGAGUCGGACGACAUGGUGGAGUUCGACAUGACCUACUACCGCAGCCAGGAUCCCGGGAGGGCACGCCUCCAUGAGGACGUCCUGGAGGAGAUCGAGCAAAUGGGACUGUUCAAGUACGGUGGGCUGCCGCACUGGGGCAAGAACCGCAACCUCGCCUUCCUCGGCGUUGAACGUAAGUACCCAGGAAUGCGUGACUUCCUGCGCGUCAAGGGCGCAUAUGACCCUGACGGCCUCUUCUCCAACGAGUGGAGCGACAUGAUGCUCGGCAUUGCUAGUGGCACACCGACAAACAAUGCGCCUGGGUGUGCGUUGGAAGGAAUGUGCGUGUGCUCGCAGGAUAAACACUGCGCUCCGGAGCAAGGCUAUGUCUGCAUGCCCGGCAAGGUCUACAAGGAUGCCAGGGUCUGCACCAAAGUGUAGCCCAUGCUUCCGUAAUCCGUAUCCAUCCAUCUUGCACGGCUAACUCACACUUUGAAAUUUGGAGUACACCAAUCUCAUCGAUUGCCAAAAUUUAUACGU